AGUGACUGAAAGCCACCCAGGACAUCACCCAAAUAACAGCUGAUUCAACAUGAAUCAGAUGUCCAGUUUCGUCAUUUGCUUAAUGGUGCUGCUGAUGCAAGUUUGCUGUUAUCUUGAAGUUGAUGCCAAUGAAGACCCCCAGACACCUGCAGGAUCCUGUGCAAAUUGGAUGGGAGGAGCACCAGGUUACCCAGGUCACAAUGGAAUGCCAGGAAGAGAUGGAAGAGAUGGGCAGAAUGGUCAAAAGGGAGAUAAAGGCGAGCAAGGUACAUCUGGUUUCAAAGGGGACAAUGGAAAUUCAGGAGCAUCUGGUGCUGAAGGUCCUAUAGGACCUCCAGGACCUCCAGGAUUUACAGGACUAAAAGGGCAAAAGGGUGAAAGUGCCUCCAGCUAUCGAUCUGCCUUCAGUGUUGGUCUAACAACCAGAGUCCCCCACCCCAACAUUCCUAUCAAGUUUUCAAAGAUCCUGUACAACGAGCAAAAUCAUUAUGAUCCAACAACAGGGAAGUUCAGGUGCAGCAUUCCAGGAAUGUAUUAUUUUGCCUAUCAUCUUACUGUGUAUCUAGCAGAUGUGAAAGUGAGCUUGAUCAAGAGUGGCAAGCCAGUCAUAAUCACUUAUGAUCAAUAUCAGAAAAACAAUGUUGAUCAAGCAUCUAGUUCUGUUUUGCUCCAUGUAGAAACUGGGGAAGAAGUUUGGCUUCAAGUAUAUGGAGAAGAACAGAACAAUGGUAUCUAUGCUGAUAAUGUUAAUGAUUCUACUUUCAUGGGAUUCUUGGUCUACCCAGAUUUAGAUUAGACUGUGAAGAAUGAAUAGAUUGGAGACAGAUUUUUUUAAAUUGUCCUCAGCCAUAUUUUUAACAUUAGCAAACACAUCAAAUUUAGGUAGACUCAUGACUCAUUUACACAUUUAUUUUCACUGCUUAUGUGCAAAGUGAUGGCUUGUAAGUGUGAAUGGGCCGCCACAGAUAUCAUCUCACUGAAAGAACUUUCAGAUCACCUCAAAAACAGUGGUUUUAAGUGGAGUAAAAGAAAGCGAGUGAUGUACACCUUUGUGUGAAUCAGAUCACAAGCUGAAAUAAUCCAAGAUGUAAUUUAUAGACUUGUUUUACUGUUAAAGAACUCUGCGUUUGAAUACUAGAACCUUUCAGUCAUUGUUCUGUGCUAAUAGAAGUAUGAUAAUAAAUAAUGUUUGGAGGAUGUUUAGGUGAUGUAGCAUUCAGAGUAGUUUUUCAUUAGAUCCAAGUUGUGUUCUCAGACACAUUCUCAUACAUGGUCCCUUUUCUUUAGUGAAGUACAUUUGGCUUCUAUAUAACACAUUAAUGUAAACAAAGAAUAAUGGCAGCACUUUAGUGAUGAAGGGGAUUUGUGUCACAGAAUUAUCUGUAUACCAAAGAUCUAAAACUUAUUAAUAUUAAAAAAUACUGUUCACAUCCUU